AUGCUGUGCCGCAUGAGCCCGCGUGGAAGAGCAAGCCUGGGAGGGGGCUGCUUUGCAGAGGGCUCCCGUGGGUCGCUGGCCAAGAACUGCACACCUCUGCUGCCUUCUCCUCUGCUCAGCAAGGCCGAGGAGCUGUGGAAGCCCAGCGAGAAUCAACUACCUCUGGGUACUCCUCUCUCUUACACCAGUUUGGUCAAACGCGAAGAUGGGUUUUCUGUAGCUGUAGCCUUACGGGGCAUUGGGUCAAUUCCCUGGUGCUCUGAAAUUAGAGCCAGUCGCACAUAUCCUACGUCCUGUGUCCUAAUCGUGCCGUCCAGCCUCAGGCCCGAGUCCUCCAUCUGCGACUCAGGCUGGGCAGAGCACGCCUCACCCAGGUUCCCUUUGCAAAAGCCCCUGAUUUGGGUGAAGAGUGAGGGCCCUAAACUGGUGCCCUUCUUCAAAGCCACUUGUGUCUAUUUUGUCCUCUGGCUGCCAACUUCCAGUCCUUCGUGGUUCAGUGCCCUCAUCAAAUGUCUGCCCAUCUUCUGCUUGUGGGUUUUCCUCCUGGCUCAUGGAAUCAACUUCUUAGUGGCACACCGGAGCGCCAGCCGCAUCCUGGCAGGACUCAUAUUCUCGGCAGUGGGAGAUGCCUUUCUCAUCUGGCAGGAGCAGGGCUACUUCAUUCAUGGUCUGCUGAUGUUCGCCAUCACACACAUCCUGUACUCCUCAGCCUUCGGCAUGAAGCCUUUGGACCUGAAAGCUGGCCUGCUCAUGGGCCUCGUUUCCAGCUCCUGUUAUGCCUUCCUGUACUCCUACCUCUCAGGCCCCUUCACCUACUUGGUGGCCGUCUACAUCGCCUUGAUCGGCUUCAUGGGCUGGCGAGCGGUGGCCGGCAUGCAGCUCUGCAACGACCUCUGGACGUGGACCAAGCUCUCGGCCUGCAUCGGCGCCAUGCUCUUCAUGGUGUCCGACCUGACCAUUGCAGUUAACAAGUUUUGCUUUCCCGUGCCCUACUCACGGGUCAUCAUCAUGGCCACCUACUAUGCAGCCCAAAUGCUUAUUGCACUGUCAGCUGUAGAGAGCAGAGAGGACGAGGACUUCAGAAAGAGGAACUAGGUGAAGUGCCAAUAGCUGUGGACAAUAUGGGUUAUAUCUCAGGUGUUGUAGCUGCAUUCACCCCUGAGAGAUCUCCAUUUCUCUAGGCACAUUGGUGAUGUUGAUUUUGCUUCUUUGAAGCGUUACCUUUGGGGCUUUUUUUCAGUGGCUUUCUCUGAGUACUGCUUACUUCAGUGUGGAGUCCACAUCAGGAAGCUUAGACUGUCCCUGCAGUAGCUGCUCAUUCAAGUGUUCCUCUCUGGAAGUGCUGUACUACUGCAUUGCAUUUGUUAGUCCUGAAACUGAGGCUGAGUGUCUGGGAACAGGGAGGCUGAUGGAAAGGAGGUUUGGCAGUGUGCUGUGCUAAGAGAUUUGCCUUCGUAGGGGGCACACAGGUCCAC